AUGAUUGAUAUCGAUUGUGAACAUUUGUCCAUCGCCUCUGCCCUUGCCGCCGCCGCUCUUCCAAAUCCAUGUUCCACUGCCAAUAACACUGAAGAGGAUAAUGGCCAUCCAUCCUACUCCUGUCCUUCCACCUCCACCGCCCCAGUCACUACAACCCACAAGAGGUCGCCUUCAUCUUCCGCCCCCGCCACAGCCGUCAUCAAUGAUUGCAUGUCCAGCCUGAUGUUCAGCGAUCACAGCUUCCUUGACCUCGACAACCUAUGUCCAACAGACCUAUCUCUGUUCUCAUGCACUGCCGUCAACCUCCUUGACCUCGACUUCCUAUCCGAAUCAAACCCUUCAACUCCUGGCUCCGACAUCUCAUCAUCUGCCAGCGAGCCAACAACAACAACCUUCUCCUCAACUGUAUCAACUCCUCAAUGUAUCGUCUCAUCCCCGCUCACACAUCCAUGUUCGCCAGUCUCCUCCCCAACGCUCUCCCCUCCACCCCUCACCUUUGCCACGGAGGACAGUCUCCAAAGCCCAGCUGCCCAAUCAGCUCCCUCCACUGCCACUGCCACAGCCGCAGCCAUCCAAUACCAAUACCAAUACCUGGAACUCCAAGUCGUGUCUGGCGCGUACAAGUUCAGCAUCUUCACGCCCUCACACCUCACCGUGCUCGAGCUGAAGCAUCGCCUGUCAUCCGAGUUCUCUGGCUUGUUUGGCAAACACAUCACCGACAACCCUCUGUGCAGAGGACAGCUCGCCAUCACUCGUCUGCGCGACAAUCUCGGCAACGACCUGUCCUAUACACAGAAAGUCGGCUCACUGUUGUCCAGCAUGGACACCAUCACCGCGGUGCAACCCGCCUCGCCAACUAUAUUCAAUACCAUAUAUCCAACUUCGUCUUCCCUUCAGAGCCAUGUCAACAGCAGGGACAACAUCAUCAACAACAAUAAUAAGCGUCCCCUGUUGUCUACCAAGUCUCAAGAACAAGACGAUGAUCGUCAUGAUGUUCGUAAUCAUAAGAAAGUACGAUUCGAACAACUAUCAACACUUCCAUCUGUUGGAAGUGCAAUUACCAACUGCCCCUCUUCCUCCUCUUCCUCUUCCCCCUCCUCCGCCUCCACCUUGGACGCCACUGUUACACUUGGCAGUCCAACACUCUCAGUCGCGGUUGUAACCACUACAGCCUCAGCCACCUCUGCUGCUUCCGCUCCAUCACCCAGCACCAAACAUGGACCCUCAUCACUAAUGGAUAGCAUUCCAAAGGACUGCUUCUUGAGCUCCUCGUCCAACCAACACCAUAUCCUUUGA